AUGAUUGUUGAUGAAGACAUCAGUCAGCUUGAGCCGGUGAUUGAUUGCAAUCAAGAUCCUAGUGGGGCAAACUCGGAAGCCGACAAUGAAAAAGCAACAGACAAAGAGAUAGACAAAAUCAUUCCGGGAACGUUUGAGGUCGAGGAAUGUGAAGAUGACGAGGAGGCCGAGACAACUUGGAUGGAUUUGGUUGGCAUAGCCGUUGGGCUUGGGAAAAACGACUCCCAUUUUUUCGCCAACAACUCCCAACGACCAUCAGCGGAUGUCCGUUGGGAGUCAGUCAUCUUCUAA